AGGACAUUGAAACACACACUGCACAGCAGAGACGCUCCCACCAUUGCUGCUAGAUCCUGUACAGCUAGCUGGAGAAAGGAUUUUCUGUCCAGAUGAGAGAGUGGACUGAACCUGAGAUGAGCCUUUCAGCAGGGGGUUUUCUUUCUGCCUCAGAUGGUUUCUGCUCCACAGAGCAGCUCCAGUACUAUGACAUGCUGGCUGACCCUUUGGGAUAUCCCCUGCAGGACCCCGACUUCCAGCUGCUCCCUUACAGCCAACAACAGUACAUCCCCACCAACCUGCCCUUCUCCCUCUAUGGCUCCCCACCUUCUUCCACCCCCUCUCCUUCAUCCUCCUCUUCUUCCUCUCAGCUCUGCCAUGCUCCGUACCAGUACAGCCCUCACUGCCUGGAGGCCUCCGGUGAUACCGGCCCUGAGCCCCUCUGUGGGGGCUUGGCACAGGGACUGGGAGCGGUAGGCCUGCCUCUCGGGCGGAGGUCACGGAUGGGGACAGCAGGGAAGGGCAGAGGUCACGAUGAACUGUGCGUGGUCUGUGGAGAUAAAGCCUCAGGGUAUCACUACAACGCUCUCACGUGUGAGGGAUGUAAAGGUUUCUUCAGGCGCAGUGUGACUAAAAAGGCUGUGUAUCACUGUAAGAGUGGCGGCGGCUGUGAGAUGGACAUGUACAUGAGGAGGAAGUGCCAAGACUGCCGGCUGAAGAAGUGUCGAGCUGUGGGAAUGCUAGCUGAGUGCCUCUUGACCGAGGUGCAGUGUCAGUCCAAGCGACUGAGGAAAGGAGGUAAAGGAAAAGGGCAGGAGGAAGAGGAGAACAGUAGGAGAGUCAGCUCUACUAGCAAGCUACCUGGGCAGGCUCUGUCUGGCAGCGUAACACGAGAACAAAAAUUCCUGGUGGACAGGAUGGUGGAGGCUCAUCGUCUUUACAAAGAUCAGGACAGCAGCAGUUGGGUGUUUGAGUGGCCGUGUGCAGAUGAAGAGGAAAUUCUGUCUGAUGUUUUAUCUCCCCACCUACACAGGCUGCUGCAGUUUGCCAGGACAGUACCAGGUUUCGACCUCCUGGAUUUCUCAGACCAGAGCGCUCUCUUGUCUGUGUCUUCGUUGGAGGUCAUGUUCUUGCUCUCAGCUCAGCAGUUUUCCUACAAUCCAGCGAGCCCCAGUCCAGUCCUACAGCUUUUUAGCAUGUCGACACACAACUGGCUGAGAAAUUCCGAGUCGAAGGAAUACGUCCAGAGCAGGACGCUGAUCAGUGCAGGAAACAGUGAGGAUUUCCUUGGACCGGUACUCAACUUCCUUCAGAGUAUGGCAGUGCUCCAAGUGACAGAGCCUGAAUAUGCUCUGCUUACUGCCACAGCCCUGCUGUGCUCAGACCGGGUGUCGCUGCAAGCAGCCAGCUGUGUUGAGAAAAUGCAGGAACUGAUCCUGGACCUUCUGUCAAGGGUGUGUGGGACCCAGGCUGGAGCACCACGGGGGGGAGCACAGCGGUUUGGCCGCCUGCUAGGCAGACUGACGGAGCUACGAACCCUCCAUCACAACUACCUCCUCCUGACAAGACAACAGGGCGGACACUGACGGAGAAGAAAUGAUAAAAUUAGGGCCGUCAUCUCUGGACUUCCCUGUUCUACGUUAAGUUUCAGGACUUACUUGUACAGCUCCUUCAGCAUUAAAGCUCUUUACCUGUUGCAGACAGGACGUUGUUGGACCAGCAGGUGGACUGUAGAAAACUGAUGUAAUUUUCUAAUCUGACUUCAAUCCUGCAGUUAUUAUGCAUAAACUUCUGAAAAGUGCCUUUAGAUUUCUGUAACUUGGUUGAGCAAAAUAUUUUAAAUGUCCUUUUAUACUUGUAGCAUACAGCAAAAAUACACAUUUUAAUACUAUUCACUUUGUGGAAUAAUGUUAAAAUAAAAGAAAACUGCUGACUGA